CGCCGCCGUGGCCCGGGCAACGCCGCCAGCCCCGAGCGCAGAGUGGGCUGGGCCGCGCCGAGCCGAGCCGAGGUCCAGGGUGCCGCCCGUGCCCUGAGCCACCCCCCCCGCCCCGGGGCACAUCGCUGGGUCCCCGCUGAAGGAACCCGCGCCGGGAGCGGCUCGGCCGCGGGGCACCGCGGGGAAGCGACGGGGAGCAUCCUCCUCAUCCUCCCGCUGUGGAGGAACUGGCUUCGUCCUGGCUGAGGCUUGCUUACUGAAGGAAAAAUGAUGCAAAAUGUGCAUCUGGCUCCUGAGAAUAAAGAAGAUGAUCUCUAUUCUGGAUACAAUGAUUAUAAUCCCAUGUUUGACACAGAGGAUUUAGAAAAUGAUGUAGCUUUUCAACAGGCAGCAAGAACAAGUCAUGGAAGAAGGCCCCCUGUGACAGCCAAAAUUCCUGGUACAUCAAGUCCAAGACCUCUAGCUACUGGAUUUGGGUCAAAGGCAUCUUUAACUUCAUCUAUGGGACGACCCAUGACAGGAACUAUACAGGAUGGGGUUUCUCGACCAAUGACAGCAGUGCAAGCUGCAGGUUACACUAAAGCUGCUGUGAGAGGUUCUUUAUUUGAUCCUCUCGGCCAAGCAAGAGGUCCUGCUUCACCUCUGGAAAAGAAAACUUUAGACAGUUUAGAAGAGAAGAUGAGGCAGUUGGAAAAAAAAGUGAAUGAACUGGUUGAAGAGAGCUGUGUUGCCAAUAGUUGUGGAGACUUGAAAUUGGCUCUGGAGAAAGCAAAAGAGGCUGGAAGACAGGAAAGAGAAUUGUUAAGACAACGUGAACAAAUCGCUCCUCCAGAAGGUAUCAACUUAGACCUCACUUACACAGUUCUCCUCAAUCUGGCCAGUCAGUAUGUUGCUAAUGAAAUGUAUGCUGAAGCACUGACUACUUACCAAGUUAUAGUGAAGAAUAAGAUGUUCAGCAAUGGAGGUAUACUGAAGGUAAAUAUGGGAAAUAUAUAUUUAAAACAACGGAACUAUUCCAAAGCUAUCAAAUUCUACCGUAUGGCUCUAGACCAGAUUACUAGUUCCCACAAACAGAUGAGGAUAAAAAUAAUGGAAAAUAUUGGAGUUGCAUUUAUUAAAACUGGCCAAUACGUUGAUGCCAUUUCUUCAUUUGAAGAAAUAAUGAGCAUAUCCCCAAACCUGAAGGCAGGCUUCAACCUGAUUCUAUGUUACUUUGCUAUUGGAAAUGGUGAGCAAAUGAAGAAAGCCUUCAAAAACCUCAUUGAAGUUCCCUUGGAAGUGGAUUAUGAAGACAAAUACAUUUCAUUAAAUGAUGAUCUACAUAUGAAUCUACUGAUUGAAGCCAUUAAAAACGACAGCUUAAGUCAAAUAGAACGUGAGAGGAAGUCCUUGGCAGAGGAAUACAUCAUGACAGCUGCUAAACUCAUUGCACCGGCAAUUGAGACAUCUUUUGCAGUAGGCUAUGACUGGUGUGUUGAUGUGGUGAAAGCUUCCCACUAUGUAGAGUUAGCCAAUGAUCUGGAAAUAAAUAAAGCCACUACUUACUUGAGGCAACAGAAUUUUAACCAGGCACUGGAGACUUUGAAAAUGUUUGAAAAGAAGGAUAGCAGGGUAAAGAGUGCAGCUGCAACAAAUCUUUCAUUCCUUUAUUAUUUGGGGAAUGAAUUGGAACAAGCAACUAACUAUGCAGAUUUAGCUGUAAAUUCUGAUAGGUACAAUCCAGCAGCUCUGACUAACAAAGGAAAUACUGUUUUUGCAAAUGGAGACUGUGAAAAAGCAGCUGAGUUUUAUAAAGAAGCUCUCAGGAAUGAUUCCUUAUGCACAGAAGCACUUUAUAAUCUUGGUUUAGUUUACAAGAAGUUAAACAGGAUAGAUGAAGCUUUGGAUUGUUUUCUGAAACUCCAUGCAAUCCUUCCAAACAGUGCCCAAGUCCUUUACCAGCUAGCAAGCAUAUACCAGAUCAUGGAAGAUCCCAAUCAAGCCAUAGAGUGGCUGCUGCAGUUGAUCAGUGUAGUACCAACUGAUCCAUAUGUACUCUCAAAGCUAGGGAAUUUAUAUGAUACUGAAGGUGAUAAAUCCCAAGCUUUUCAUUAUUACUGUGAGUCAUACCGGUAUUUCCCUUCCAACAUUGAGGUCAUUGAAUGGCUUGGAGCGUAUUACAUUGACACCCAGUUCUGUGAAAAAGCCAUUGAGUACUUUGAAAGGGCAGCACUUAUCCUGCCAACACAAGUGAAGUGGCAGCUGAUGGUUGCCAGUUGCUACAGGAGAAGCGGCAACUACCAGAAAGCUCUGGAGAAAUACAAAGUCAUUCACAGGAAAUUCCCAGAGAAUGUUGAAUGCCUCCGAUUUUUAGUUCGUCUCUGCACAGACAUGGGGCUGAAAGAAGUGCAGGAAUAUAUAACAAAGCUCAAGAAAGCAGAAAAAUUAAAAGAAAUUAGAGAACAGCGCAUUAAAUCUGGCAGAGAUGGCAGUGCACGUAGCCGCAGAGAAGGAAGUGGUGAUAGUGGUGGUACCAAAGGGGAAAGACUGAGUGCCAAACUAAAAGCUCUGCCUGGAGCAAGUGAACCCUAUGAAAGUAGCAGCAGUAAAGAAAUAGAUGCCUCCUACACAGAUCCACUUGGCCCACAACCAGAAAGACCAAAAACAGCAGCAAGAAAAAGAGCAGAGGAAGAUGAUUUUGCUGAUGAAGAACUAGGAGAGGAUCUGCUUCCAGAAUAGCAUAUGGGCCACUCAUCAUUUUUUUAAUCCUUGUAAAAGUUUUAGCUGAAAAACUUUUUCAUUCAUAAUGAUUUUGUACUGGAUUUUUAUAAACUGUUUGUGAAAUACUUUGAACAUGUGGUACCUUAUGUUAAAAACAUAGAUUUGUAAUUGCAGUGUCUUCUGUGAUUGAUUAAAAGAAUAAUGGUGAGGUUAUUUUACUCAUGCAUACACAUUGUAAGCUAUAUCAAAUGUAUCAAAUGUGUAAAGCUUUUGCUUUCAAAGAUAAAUACGAUGAUAGUAUGAAA